AACAGGCCAAUCAGAGACCUUAGCGCCGCGAAUUUAAAGGUCUGUAGCAACUUCAGGUCACACAUCAACAUUUUUCCCCAGAAAGAGAAGUGUACAGGUCUACCUCAAACUCAACUUGUAAAAAUGUCGGCAAACAACGAGAAUGGUGGUCUUGAACGCCUAACCAAGUUCAAAAACAAGGGGAAGGAUUCAACUGAGAUGAGGCGCAGGAGAAUUGAAAGUAAUGUGGAGCUGCGCAAGGCAAAGAAAGACGAUCAGAUUUUCAAAAGGAGAAAUGUCAGCACCUUUCCCGACGAGGCCACAUCUCCACUUCAGGAGAAAAGUCAGAAUUCCCAGGCGAGUCAGCAGUGGACAGUCGAGCAAAUUAUGGAGGGUGUGAGCACUAACAAUUUGGACUCUCAGUUGCAAGCCACUCAGGCAGCAAGGAAGCUGCUCUCAAGAGAGAGGCAUCCUCCAAUUGACCAGAUCAUCAAGUCUGGUCUGAUUCCCAAAUUUGUUUGCUUCUUGGGCCUGGCUGACAAUCCCCCAAUCCAGUUUGAGGCAGCCUGGGCCCUAACCAACAUUGCCUCAGGAACAUCUGAUCAGACCCGUGCUGUGGUAGAAUCAGGAGCCAUCCCUGCAUUUGUCAACCUCAUCACAUCCCCUCACCCCCAUAUCAGUGAGCAAGCAGUCUGGGCUCUUGGCAAUAUUGCAGGCGAUGGUUCUUCUUACAGAGAUAUGGUCAUCAAGCACGGUGCAGUGGAUCCAUUGCUUAGUCUUUUGGCUGUGCCUGAGCUCAGUGUUUUCUCAUCUGGUUAUCUGAGGAAUGUGACCUGGACCUUGUCCAACCUGUGUCGCAACAAGAACCCAGCGCCACCUCUCCCUGCGGUGCAGCAGAUGCUACCCACCAUUAUCCGCCUGCUGCAUCAUGAUGACAAGGAGGUGCUGGCAGACACCUGCUGGGCCGUGUCCUACCUAACGGAUGGUCCCAAUGAGCGGAUUGAGGUGGUGGUAGGGACUGGCCUGGUGCCUCGCCUGGUACAGCUGCUUGGCUGCGGAGAGCUUUCUGUUGUGACUCCAGCUCUGCGCACAGUUGGAAACAUUGUGACUGGGACGGAUGAGCAGACCCAGGCUGUGUUAAAUGCUGGAAUUCUGGGUUUGUUCCCUACCCUGUUGCGCCACCCCAAGAACAACAUCCAGAAGGAGGCUGCCUGGACACUGUCCAACAUCACCGCUGGCAAAGACUGCCAGAUUCAGGAUGUCAUUGAUUCAGGGCUGGUGCCUUACCUGGUGGAAGUCCUCCGACGGGGUGACUACAAGACUCAGAAGGAGGCUGUCUGGGCUGUAACCAAUCUGACCAGUGGAGGCACUGUAAACCAAGUUGUGUACCUUGUUCAAGCCGAUGCACUGGAACCUCUGUUGAACCUGCUUUCCACCAAAGACAGCAAAACAAUCCUGGUUGUCCUUGAUUCAAUUACCAACAUCUUCCUGGCGGGUGAGAAAAUCGGUGAAACGGACAAGCUCUGCCUGAUGAUCGAGGAAUGCGGUGGCCUGGACAAGAUUGAGGCCCUGCAGUCUCAUGAGAAUGAGCUGGUCUACAAGGCUGCUCUCAACCUCAUUGAAAAAUAUUUCUCUGGAGAGGAGGAAGAGGAUCAGUGUGUUGCCCCAGAGGCUACAACAGACGGUUAUGCGUUUCAGAUCAGUGAAAACCAGAGUGCAUUCAGCUUUUGAAUGUUUGUCUUUCUCUUUCUACCCUGUUACUGUUUGUCCUUUAUUUGUGUGAUUAUGACUCUCCAAACCUGUGGGCUGAAGUGUAUAUAAUCUGGAUCUAUACUGUAAAUAAAGUUCUUGGUAAAUUGC